AUCCAGUUGGUCGGAAAUCAACCAUCGCCUGCAAGGCACCGGACGGCCGCCAGAGAAUGUCGUCCUCCACACUCCCCCUGCUGCACGGACAGCGGUCAAGCUCUCUGUCGAGCGACGGCGUCCAUGACGACAACGACAGCUCGAGCGGACAUCUGGAUGUCACCCCUUCCCUGAAGCGCUUCUUCCCGCUGCUGAUGGGCAUCCUGCUGCCCAUCUCGACCUUCCUCAACAUCCAGGCCAUCGCCGUCCCAGGCUGGAUCUCGAUCUCCAAGGCCGUCGACGACGAUGGGUAUGGGCUCUUGCGCCCGCACCACCCGGUCGAUACCGUCGUCUAUUACACGCCCCCGUGGGUGACGAUUUUCUCGCUCGUCUCGCUGCUCUUUGGGCUGCUUGGAUCGGUGUCGCUCUUCAUCCGGAUGCUCGAGAAGAAGCUCAAGUGGACCACAAGACUGAUCAUCUUCAGCUCCUUCUGCCAGGGCAUCACCGCCAUCAUGAUAUCGAUCCUGUUUAUCCUGUUUGCAAAGGCCCCCGCACCCGACGCAAACUAUUCGUACACAGAAGGCUUCGGAUGCAGCCUCGCCAGCGGCGUCAGCUCCCUCGUAGUCGCCAUGGCCAUGGUCUGGCAGCAGCAUCUCAACCGGAACCAGAACUACGUAUAUGUCGUCCACGAACUGUCGCCUUCGCAGCGCCAGCUGAGCUUGCUGACGAUGGUCUCCAUCGCAUACACUGUCUUUGGUGGCAUGCUCUACGGCCAUCUCGAGGGCUGGGACUUUGACGAUGCCAUGUACUGGACAGUCACCACACUCACGACGAUCGGAUUCGGUGACUUUUACCCCAAGACCGUCUACGGCAUUGCGUUUUUCCCGAUCUUUGCAUCGUUUGGCAUGCUGCUUGUCGGCGCCAACAUCUUCUCGAUCCGCCAGGUCGUGCUCGAGCUCCUGACACACCAGCUGGCCUCGCAGCUGGCUAAGAAGUUUGGUGUUUCACAGGAGGUGCAGUGGGGCGAGUCCAAUUUGUCAUCGCCCUCACUCCACGGACAGGAUCCGCAACGACGACAGCCCAGCCACGAACGAAUCGGUCGGUCGUCGAUGCGGAUCCCGCGCUCCCGCUCCUGGGACGACCAGUCGCGAUCACGGUCUCCACACCCUGGCUCGGAGGCCAUUCAUGCUCCUUUGAAGCUCGAGCGGUCGCGCACAACGUCGGCUCUGGAGCUGCAGAAGCGUGCCACGAUCACCCGCUUUGGCGCAGACUCCAACUUCCCGACACUGACCAUUGUGGCGGGCGAUCUGCACCACGACGAUGUCAUCAAGGAGACCCGAAGGACGGUGAUCGUCCAGGUAUACGUUGCCGUCGCCCUCGUUGCAGCCAACAUCUUUGGAUUUGGAUACAUUUAUUCCAACCUGGAAGGAUGGUCCUACCUCGAAGGCAUCUACUUUUCGUUCUGUUCGUUGGCAACCAUUGGCUUUGGCGAUUUUGUGCCUAGCACCAUCCACUCCCGAACCAUCUUUAUCUGGUACAUCUUCAUCGGAAUCGGAUCCAUGACCUAUCUUGGCUCCAUGGUUGGCGAGCUCGCUCUGAACCAGUGGGUCGUCGAGAUCAACAGAAUCGAGAACCGUAUGGAUCGCUACGAGAAGAAAGCUUUGCUCAAGAGGCUCUACAAGAAGGAGAAGAAGCACAGAAGGCCCGAGACCGAGACAUCGGAGGCCGAGAGCGAGGAUUCUGAUGCUGACUUUAGAAUCAGCGUCGGACGCUCGCGACUGGGCAACCACGAGGCGGCCGUCCUUGACACCAACCCCAUCCAGCAGGCCCUCGAGGGCAAUCCAGACGCCGUGAUCUCGCUCGACAACCCCCGGCCCGCGCCAGGACAACGCGCCGCGGCCGCCGUCGCUGGUACGCAUCGGAACUACCGCACUUUGGACGACAGACGAGUGGCCUCUGGCCCGGCCACGCACUCAUCCAACGAAUCCCAUCACGGUGCGGAUGCGGACACAGCCUCGAGAGGCGUCGUCCGCGUUCGCUUGCCGACCUCGCGCCGGUCAUCCGGCAUCUUUGGGUCUCUGCAGGACAGCCACAUCGAUGUCUCAUUUGCGAACCGGGAGCAUGGCACGGGCGUGCGCGGACGAGAACCUCCUCGAGACGAAGCGGGCGAUCUGGCGUGACCGGGUCGUCGCGCUGCCUGCUCGUCCGGAGCCGAGCGAUUUGCUGCCGCACGCCGGCGCCGUCGGCUCCACCUCGCACACUUUUUUUUUCCCUCACUCAUCUGUGAUUACUUUUUUUGUCGUGCGCCGCGUCCUUGCCUGGCAAAGGGGUUCGGUCGGUUUGAUUCCCCUCCUCGCCUCUUGCGGUGAAUAGAUUGCUGGCACCAGCUUGGUGUGCCGAGUCAGUA